GAGUAUUAUUUGUACCGUUGGGUGUUGUACGUGGGUUUAGGUGCAAUGCAGAGGCGAGGCAACGUGUUCACUCCAUGACGUUACGAGUCAGGAAGGUCACUGAAUCUCGCUCCAUUGCAUUAUUUUAUAUCGGCGUGAAAAUAGGAUUAUUCCACUGGUGAAAAAUGCCUGACGUUAUUGAGCAGAAGAUUAAACAAGUUUUGGGGGGAUUGAGUCUAGCUGACAGUGAUCAACUCUGUGAUUUCACUCUGGUUGAGCAGAACGAGGCGAUUGAGGCUCGAGGUAUUCAACCGACAGCGAGCUCGAACUAUGUCCCCAUCUGUCAGAAGACGGUCACCUACAUCGUGGCAGCAGUUCUCAUAAAUGAACACGAAGAAGUCCUCAUGAUUCAAGAAGCAAAAGCAUCCUGCGCUGGCAAGUGGUACCUCCCAGCUGGAAGAGUAGAGCCAAACGAGAAUCUCUAUGACGCAGUGAAACGCGAAGUCCUGGAAGAGACUGGUCUCUCGAUGGAUCCUAAGUCCUUGAUAAUGGUGGAGUGCGCCAGUGGAUCGUGGUUCAGAUUCGUCAUGACUGGAGAAGUCACUGGGGGAACACUUAAGACGCCUGAUCAGGCAAAUGCUGAGUCUCUCCAGGCGAGUUGGGUGAAGAACGUAGAGGAUCUGUCACUGAGAUCAGCUGACAUCCUUCCACUGAUCCAGAGGGGACGGGAUUAUCGAAAGGGCGUCAAUCCACCUUGGCACAGUCCCAUUUUACCAGCUGACAAAUCCAGGGAGAAACUCUUUCUCAGGCUCAUUGUCUGCAUCAAGAGGAAAGCUACUAAUCGAAUGCACGUAUUGUUGUCAGAAAAAACAUCCCUCCACCUUCCAGUCUGCGAGAUAAACCCCAACAGGAACUUGCACUCGACGUUGCAUAAAUUCAUGGUCGAAGUGUUUGGUGACGGAGUGGCCCAGCAUCGACCCCAUGGCCUCCUCUCCGUGGAAUUCAGUGGUGGAAGUGGUGGUGAUGGUCUGUGCUUCACUCUUCUCAUAUCUUUUCGCCCUCCCCUCGAAGAAGUCCCCAUAAAGGGAAAAUAUGUGUGGCACGAACUAGCCCAGAAUGUUGCCGAUGGUCUCGCCCAACGUCUCCCGAAGAACAUGACUGUUUCUUUGAAUGUAGUUCGUUGAAUUCAGUCGAGUUACUCGUCAUUUAAUCCUGCAAGAUUGAUCUUGAAUAAAUCCUAGAGAUCCCCGAUUCCUAGUAAAAAAAAUCCUGAAAAUAUUUCAUUCUAAUAACAAAAAAAUGUCGAUUAAAAAACCGUGGGAAUUGCGUCUUAUCAACUUUGAAAACCAAAAACGAUUCCCAUUAAAUUCAUUUUUCAAGGACUGCAAAAUCAUUUUGUCAGGAUUUUUUUCUAUAGUAUUAAAUGACCUCUCACCAUCCAAUCUCCUGUCCAAAUUGUAUAUAAAUGUUUCAUAUUGAUGACAGAAUCUAUUUAUAUAUUCUAACAUGUACGGAAAAGAUCAAUAGAAAGCCGUGUUUUUUAUUAAGAAAGUUUAUUCAACAAUUCUAUUUUCAUCAGGUAGAAAGGUUGCCUAAAAAAUUAAUUGAGAGAUAUUUCCGAUGCGGAUGUAUUGCAAAUUUUAUCCAUUGUUUUGGAAGGAAUAAAAAAACUUCUAUUGAA